CUGUGUGCUUAUAUAAGGAAGUAUGGCUAUGUAAUAUAGGCACUCUGAAGUAAGUAAGCAGAUAUUCCUCUGCGUGUGUGUGUGUGUUGUGUAAAAUGGUAAGGGCUAGGAGGAGUGAUCUGUUGGUGUGCACAACAUUAGACUGUGAGACUAAGGAAGAAAUGGUGGCUUCAAUGGAGAAAGCAAAGGAAGAAGGUGCAGAUCUAGUGGAGCUUCACCUUGAUUCCAUGUCCUUCUCCCACAUCUCAGAAGUUGAACAACUCUUGAGCCAAAGAACUCUCCCUGCCAUUGUUUCUUUCAGGCUUAAUUCGUCUAGGAAAUUAAGCAGAGGAGGAGAGUGCAGGAGGAGUAGGUGCUUGCAAGUUCUGAAACUGGCUGUCCAACUAGAUGUCGAAUUCGUCGAAAUUGAUCUCGAGGUGGCUCUUGACCUUGGCAUAACCGACUUUCUCAAUGAGCGUUCCAAUAGCAAAAUAAUUGUAUCAAGCUAUCUUAACGGUGGAAGACCUUCAAAAGAGAAACUUGGUAACCUGAUUGCAUGCCAGCAAUCUACGGGAGCAGAUGUCAUCAAGCUUGUGGUUGAUGUGGUUUAUAUUACUGAUGUAGCUCCACUUUUCCAUAUGCUCACCCAUUGUCAGGUACCGCUAAUUGUUAGAGCAGUUGGUGAUAGAGGUCUUAUAAGUCAACUGUUGGGGCCAAAAUUUGGUGCGUUUUUAGUCUGUGGAUCUCUAGGAGGCACAUCCACACCCGGAUUGCCACCUAUUGUCAGCAUCAAACAAGUUUACAAACUUGAACAUAUAAAUGCAAAUACAAAAGUAUUUGGCGUCAUCUCAAAUCCAGUAGGCCAUAGCAAAGGCCCUCUUCUGCAUAACCCUGCCUUUAGACACACAGGAUAUAAUGGAAUUUAUGUUCCAAUGCUUGUCGAUGAUAUCAAGGAAUUCUUCAGGGUCUAUUCAGGCACUGACUUUGCCGGAUUCAGUGUUGGGAUCCCGCAUAAGGAAGCAGCAGUAGAGUGCUGUGAUGAAGUCCAUCCUCUUGCUAAGUCCAUCGGAGCUGUAAAUACCAUUAUAAGGAGGCCUACUGAUGGGAAGCUGGUUGGUUUCAAUACGGAUUGUGAGGCUUCUAUAACUGCGAUCGAGGAUGCCUUGAUAGAAAGACAAGUUGCCAAUGGGGAAGCAUUGCAUACCUCUCCCAUUGCUGGGAAAGUGUUUGUGUUGGUUGGAGCUGGAGGUGCUGGAAGAGCACUGGCUUUUGGUGCAAAAAACCGAGGGGCAAGGGUUGUUAUUUUCAACCGCAAUUUUGAGAGAGCAAUGGCACUGGCGCAAGCAGUUUCUGGUGAAGCACUGCCAUACGAAUGUUUAGACACAUUCUGUGCUGAGAAUGGAAUGAUCCUCGCAAAUGCUUCUGCUGUGGGCAUGCAGCCAAAUUGUGAUCAAAGUCCUGUUUCCAAGGAGGCAUUGGGAUCAUAUCAGCUGGUUUUUGAUGCUGUAUAUACACCUAGAAACACUAGGCUCUUACGAGAAGCUGCAGAAGUGGGAGCCGUAGUGGUGAGCGGCGUUGAGAUGUUCGUAAGGCAGGCUCUUGGUCAGUUCAAGUUGUUCACUGGUGGAUUAGCACCAGAAGAUUUCAUGCGCCAUACUGUUUUACAACAAUUUUGAUUGGUCAAGUUUCAUCCACUAAGACAAUAUCAUCAGCUAACAACAUAUAUACCACGGAAUAUCAUCUUGAAUAUGUCUAGUCAGCUCAUCCAUAACUAAGGCAAAAAGGUAAGGGCUCAAAGCUGACCUUUGGUGUAGUCCUAUCGUAAUUGGGAAUUCACUUGUUUCUCAUACUGGCGAUCUAAUGGUAGUGACAUUUUAUUCUAAUCCCUCCGUAAACUUUUCCUACUCCUCUGUCGUGCAUUAAAAACACUUUUACCUUACUAAGCAUAACAAGGACAUCACAAUUCACAACCAGAAAAAAAUAGGUUUCGCACGUCCUUUCUUCUGAUCAGACAACUGAAACAUACUUGAGUUAACUUGUUAGAGGGUCAAAUCAGGGAUCACAUUAAGCAACAAACAUGAUGAAUCAAAGGCAAACGUUAGAGGCCAAUGACCUCACAUAUCAAUAGCACAAGUCAUGCAAUCAAAUAGAGUAAUAGAUUUGUCCGAUAAGCAGAAGUAAAAUGUUAGCCAGGUGAUCUGGGUGGUGAUAACAUUGUAGUCUGUGAUACCAAAACACGUUAGAGCAACAUAUGCAACGAAGACCUAGUAUCAGGAAAAUGUUCAAUAUAUUCCUCGAAAAGUCAUACCAAAAACACAUUGGCUCCAUUAUUCAGAUAGGAGAUAGGCUUUCAAUAAAGGGAAAAGCACUAACAUAACCAUUGUGCACCAAGUCAUGAAGCACAUUCCAUGUCUUCCGCUUUAGAUUAUAGGAAACGAUCUUCUUUGGAAUAGCUAAUACGAGUGUGAAAUCAUUUUCCUUUUCUCCCUUCACAACAAACAGAACUUUAACUUCCCACUUAGAUUCGUUUUUUAUCUCAGGGUUUUCAAGUAUUAAUGGCCUAAGAUCGACCCGGCAUUUCACCAUCCAACCACGGUAAUCCUUGUCCAUCUCAGGGAUUUGUAAUCCCGCAGCAUACCUCAAACAAGACUGAAUAAGAAUCAAACUGCCACCACUUUCUCCAAAAAACUUAAUCUCCAGAGUACGAAUUUGGGGAGUUGGAGGGUUCGGCAUUACUGUCAUCUCCUCUGUAUUGAGGUCGAAUCUCCAGAGACCAUUGUCAUGGAUUAAUAAAUGGAAUGCUCCAUUCCAGUAGAUACCGCCUCCACGAUACCUUUGUUUUGGGAAAACCUUAUUCCUACAUUUUCUCUGAGAGCAGUAGACAUCGAGCUCAAAAGGGAGUCGAAGCACAUGCCUAAACAACAAAACUUUGUAGUGAGGUGAUUUUGAAGGAUCAAAAGCCAAAUAAGCAUGCCAGGAAGCCGCUGCGUAAAGUCUACGAUUGUAUGACUCAAAUGGAUGCGAAAUAGGAAGUAUUGUGUAUUGCUUUGUGGUCGGAUUACAGAUAAUGUAUUGCCGUCCCUUACCAUAACAACUGACUGGGAAGUGACUAUCACAGUACAACAGUAAGCCGUUGCAGGAGCAUACAGCCGUAGUAGUUCUAGGAGGUUUUCCGAUACCAUCGAGGAAGGAGGAGAGAGACGGGAAACUGAGGCGGCCGCCGUGGAGGGAGACGGAGACGGGUGUUCCUUCGCUGUUGAAAUAAAAGGCUGAGAUGGAGGGUCUAGGGUUUCGGAUGGAGUGGUCGGCGGCAAAGUGGGAGUCGGAGAGGAGAGAUAGCUAGUGCUUGGACACGAUUUUGAAUCGGAUUGUGUGUGUCGCGGGCAGCCGUAGAAGGAUCUGUGUGAGGAGAUCGACGUUGUUGGCAAUUGACUCCGCCGCCGGUGUGAUUUCCGACGGAGUGACGUUGAGAAUCGCCUUUCUUCUUCUUGCUUCCCUAUUCAUUUUGCACUUGGUUUACAACUGAUUACGGCGGAAG